AUUCCUAGCUCCUUUGGUCUUCAGAUUCUGGCACGAGAUGAAAGCCUCUGGUCUUCCCAUCUGCCUUCUCUCUGCUGCAUUUUAUCUCUUCUGGACACCUUCUGCUGGGCUGAAGACACUCCAUUUGGGAAGCUGUGUGAUCACCACAAACCUUCAGGAAAUGCGAAGUGGAUUUUCUGAGAUACGAGACAGUGUGCAAGCCAAAGAUGAAAUCAUUGAUAUCAGAAUCUUGAGGAAGACUGAGUCUUUGCAAGACACAAAGCCUGCAGAUCAGUGCUGCCUACUGCGCCAUAUACUGAGACUCUACCUGGACAAGGUAUUCAAAAACUAUCAGACUCCUGACCACCAUAUCCUCCGGAAGACCAGCAGUCUUGCCAACUCUUUUCUUACCAUCAAGAAGGACCUCUGGCUCUGUCAUGCCCAGAUGACAUGCCCUUGUGGAGAGGAAGCAAUGGAGAAAUACAGCCAGAUUCUGAGUCACUUCGAAGAGCUUACGCCUCAGGCAGCAGUGGUGAAGGCUUUGGGAGAGCUCAACAUUCUCCUGCAAUGGAUGGAGGAGAUGAAAUAGAAGGAGAGUGAU